GCAUGUGUGUGAGGGCUCUAGGAUGGGUGAAAUGCCUAAGAGCUCUUGCUGACUGACUGACCUUCACAUCGCAUCGUAUGAUUCUCUUGAUACAUACGGACAUCUCAUCUCAUCUCAUUCGCGUCAAGAUACGUACGUGCUUCACAGGCGUGGCGUGUCCGAUACAAGAUCUGUCCAUACACGCCAUGACGAUCGGUCUCUGCAUCAUUCAUGCAGAUGGAUGGAAAGAGGGCCUCGCUGACUCCAAACGCGCCAGGCACGAAAAGACGUCAGGGUUGCAGAGGGCUUCGAGUUCGCGGCGGAGUACGAAACGCUGCGCUUCCAAGGAUCGAGGAAUCGCACCGGCACGUCCUCCUGCACGAACUCGAAGCCCUUUCCAAACCAUGGCGACAUAAGUGACGACACACAGCAGCACCAGGGAUAUGAUGCGUCAUCCAUCGACAGGUCUCUCUCGACAUCGCGAGGACCAAAAAGCAAAACAGUACCCCCCCUCUGAAGUCAUUGUCAACAUCACCGCGCGUAGGGGUUGAACUGCACACACACGUACACAGACAGACAGCCACAGAUGCAGGCCAGGCCAAAUGGGCGUGGCGUCAAGUGCACGUAGAUCUAUCAGAUCUGCCCAACCACCAUCUCCCUCCCUCCCUCCCUCCCCCUCCCUCACCCACCUGGAAAGGGAAGUGCUUGUCGUAGGAGAAGAGUCUGGCCUUGAGCCACAGCGCCAUCAUCGACUGCUUGACGUCUGUGGUGUGCGCCGGCCGGGGCAUGAGCACGUUGAAGGCGUAGUCCACCCUGGCGCGUUGGCUGCCGGUGCUCUUGAGGUACUCGGGCAGCGCCUUGACCACAUUGACGUCGUCCCACGAGAAAGCGUUGAAGGCCAUCUUCAUGGCCUGCUCCUCCUGCCAGUCCGCCGCUGUCUCGUAUGCCACUAUCAUCUUGAGGUCGCUGAUAAGCCUCUCAACAGCGGCCGGCUUCUGUUUGGCAAGUUCAGCUGUCACGAAGGUCUGCUGGUCAGCCGUCAGCGGUGACGAUGAGGCCCCUGACAUGGCGAAAGGGUGCAGAUCUUCGUUUCCCAUGCGCCGAUCG